CUAAAACUUGCAUCACAUGUUUACAGACCAUAGCUCUGAAGGAGGAAAUGCACAGAGAGUACCUUUUUAAAAUUCACAUACUGAGUCAGAUUGUUACAGGAACUUUGCAUUUCCCAAACGUGUUGCUGACUUCAAAACAAAAAGCUUUUUUUGAAAUAUUAAAAAGCUGCUCUGGUUGAUAAGAGUCCAUACCAAAGAGUCAAAGCAAUGCAGAAUCAGACAUAUUUCACAACUGCCAAUGCUAUCACAGACGUGGACUACAGUGAAAUUGAUUACUCUGGCGAAGGGAUUGUAUUCCUGUGUGAAGAUAAUUCAAAUACACUGGGAGGUGUAUUUACAUCAGUUUUUUUCUACUUGGUCUUUUUUCUCAGUCUAAUUGGAAAUGGUCUGGUUUUGUGCACUCUUGUGAGAUACGAGGACUUUAAAAAGGUAACAAACUUAUUUAUUCUAAACUUGGCCAUCUCUGACCUGGUGUUUGCCUUCUCUCUCCCAUUCUGGGCAUUCUACCAUUCCUACCAAUGGGUCUUUGGAAACUUUCUGUGCAAGCUCUUGAGUGGAAUGUAUUUUAUUGGCUUCUACAGCUGUAUGAUGUUUCUAAUGGUGAUGACUAUUGACCGCUACAUGGUAGUGGUUCAUGCUGUAUCUACUACGAGGAUAAGGAGAACACGGUAUGCCUGUUUGGCAAGUGCUAUCAUCUGGUUCAUCAGUAUAGCAGCUGCUAUACCAGAAAUGAUCUUAACUGAUACAGUGAAGGACAUUGAUGGGAACGACAUGUGCGAAGAAACAACAUUUUCAGAGGAGAACAAAGUUACUCUGCAGAUACUGGGAUAUUAUCUGCAAGUUGUGUUUUUCUUUUUGCUUCCAUUUGCUGUUAUUGUCUACUGCUACUGCAGGAUUUUAAAGACGGUGGCUACCUGUAGAAUAAGAAGGAAAUGCAAGGCUGUGAAAUUAAUAUUAACCAUCGUUGUACUAUUCUUUCUUUGUUGGGCUCCAUAUAACCUAAUUAUAUUACUUAUGUCACUUAGGUUGCUUGAAGUAUCUCCAUUGACAGAAUGUGAUGUUGGAAUAGUGCUUAACUAUUCCUUUUACAUCUGUCGCAACAUAGCUUACUUUCACUGUUGUCUCAAUCCUUGGUUUUAUGUCUUUGCUGUGGUAAAGUUCCGAAGACACUUGGCUUCUCUUACAAGAUGUUCCUUUUCAAAUUAUAGAUUUAGGGAGUCUAACUUAAAUUCUCUAAACAGUGCACCUAGAAGCUCAAUAUUUUCUGACAAACCAUGAACUGCGUCAAGGAUAAACAGCAGAAUAGAUAAAUAAAUACUGGGGCCAAGAUAAGUUUUAAUUUGUAAUCAUCCUGACAAAGUAAUGACUGACUUUGCCUCGGCUUUUAGUAGAUGCCUUCUAAAGCACCUUUUAUGUUGCUUUAUCUAAUGGUUUUUGACUCUGCUGACUAUCAUAGACAGUUUCAGCUCUUGAAGGCACAUAACAUCUCAUGGAGAACAUGGUGCCUAUAGUGUACAUUUCAGAAAACUUCAGAUUAGCAUUAAUCACCUCCACUUCUACAUUAUUAAGUCUAGUGACAAACAUAUAAUCACUGUAGCUACACACUGCCACAGAGUGCUGUUUUAUGUGCGCAGUAAAACAAAUGCAUGUGAAACUAUUUUACUCCCUGGUUAAAACAAAAACUAAGGCUAUUUAUUUCAUUAUAUUAUUAUUGUAUUAUAUUAUGUUAAUGUGGUGAUAGCAAGCAGAGGGGAACAUUAACAGGAGGGAUAUUAAGCUAAUUUGACUGUCUUUUACUCUUGGUUGACUUCUCAAUGAGAUUCUUUAUAUGGUAACCUGGUCGUGGAGCUUUUACUUUUAAAGUCCAUCAUCCUUGCAACAAAUUGUGUAUAUGCUUGAGACUUACUAGUGCCUAAAUAUACAAACAAGUAGUCCAUGAUCUGGUAAAAAAUCAAUUGAGGUUAUUUUAGAAUAUGUUAUAUUGUGAUUCUAACAAUUUAUUGUCAUUUGUUAAGAACUGACUGUGUGUGAUUGGGUGCUGCAGUUGUCUUUCAAGACACAAUGGAAAUGAGAUUUCAGUUGCUUCUCUGAGUAAACGACACAGAAUAACGUUAACAUUGAAAUUAGCAUGUUUAAUUUACAGAACCGUCUGCAACAAUGUGUAUGAUAAUAUGUUGAGUGAGAUACAGACCUCAAUGGACUAAAUAAAUGAAUUGAAAAUAAUUGAAAUUACAAUAGAACUUGCCAUAUCAAAUUUAAAGAGGUUGAAGCAAAGUAAACACAUCAAUACCUUUAAUAUGCAGCUGUCUCAUGUAAUAUUGUAGUUUAGAAGGAGGAGGUAAUAAUGGGAGAAACCUAUUUUUUAUCCAGUAUAUUGAAGUUUGUACUGGGUUUUAAUAUCCUAAAGUGUUGUUUAUCGUGAAAGAAUGAGCCAAUAUAACAUAUCAAAGAAAUCACUGUAUUGUAAAACAAGACUACUUGUUGAAAUGUCUCAUUUUUUUCCCAUUAAAACUAAUAUUGAUGAUGUGUUGGUUUCUAUCCCCUUAUGGUUUAAUUUUUCAAGCCACUGUGUUCCUAUUGUACCGUUACAUCCAAUUAAUGUGUUAGCAGUUUCUAUCUUCAAUGGAACAUGUUUUCAUAUUUGUGAUACAAUAUAUUUAGAUAAAAGCAAAAAAAUAAGUACAGUCAUUAAAGUUACAGACUUGUAUUAACUGCAUACAUUGUAAACAGGAGCUAAAGCUAGCAUUAAGUAUCAUCAAAGUAUAGGAUUGUUUUGUAUCUUAGUUGAAGGUUGAUAAAAAAAAAAAUGAUAUCCACACCGAGUGAAGCAGAUAGUGAUGCACAAGGGUCUAGAAAUUUGCCUAUAAGUGCAACCCCCCC